CGGGAUGGGGCUGCUGGAGCUGUGUGAGGCCGCCUUCGGCUCCCCUGACCUCUACCGCGUCCUGGGUGUCCGCAGGGAGGCUUCGCCCGAGGAGAUCCGCCGCGGCUACCACCGCGCCUCGCUCCGCGUCCAUCCCGACCGCGCCGAGCCCGAUGCUAAGGAGGAGGCGACGCGGAGGUUCCAGAUCCUGAGCAAGGCGUACGCCGUCCUGAGCGAUGCGGAGCAGCGCGCCCUGUACGACGAGCAGGGCACGGUGGACGAGGAGGGCGAGGCGCUGGGCGGCGAGCGGGACUGGCUGGAGUAUUGGCGGCUGCUCUUUAAGAAGAUUACUGUAAAAGAUAUUGAAGACUUCGAAAAGAGAUAUAAAGACUCAGAGGAAGAACUAGCCGAUGUUAAAGCAGCAUACAUGGAUUUCGAGGGUGACAUGGACAGAAUAAUGGAGUCAGUGUUGUGUGUGGACUAUACGGAUGAACCAAGGAUACGGAAAAUCAUUGAAAAAGCCAUUGCGGCUGGAGAAGUCCCAUCCUACAAAGGUUUCGUAAAAGAGUCUAAGCAGAAAAUGACAGCAAGAAAAAGGCGGGCAGAAAAAGAAGCUAGAGAGGCAGAAAAGACUAAAGAUGAGCUGGGCCUUGGUGGAGAAGAUGACUUGAAAGCGCUGAUUCAGAGCAGAAAUAAAGAUCGAAAAAAGGAAAUGGAUAACUUUUUGGCCCAACUGGAAGCAAAAUACGCGAAUAAUACUAAAAAAGGAGGAAAGAAGACUGCAGCCAAGAAAGGAAAAAAAUAACUGUAUAGGCUGCAAUAUCAGGUAUCAUUUUGUAUGGGAACACGUGAAUUUGGGAGAAUUUCGGAGCUAACCUGGGCUACAGUUUUGGAGCGCGUGUGCAUCAACUUGCUGUGACUGGAAGGUAUGAUCCAGAACACAUCAUAUGAACAAGAAAGGCAAAGCAUUCUGGUGCUAUUGUCCAAAAUCCUCUGGGUGCUCUUCGAUUAAGAUCAAACAGAUUCUUGACUAAAAGUUUUGAUACAGUAGGGAAGCAGUGUGAUGUUUAGGCUGCCAGUGUGUUUAUUAAACUUGUGUUGAAGAUUCUUUCUUCCAGUCACCUAAUGGGUAUCGGUACAGUUGAUGGUAAAACAAUGUAAUCCCACCUUUGAGUCUUCAGUGCUUUCUUGUGAUUUCCAAGUUGGAAAUAUUAUCUUUUUGCUAUUAUCAUGUGCCUUUUGAGAUAAACCUUCUGGUUUUAAAGGUCUUUGCACUUCAGCUCAACAAGUGUUUGUUAGGUCUUCCAGUGGUUUUAUAAAGAUACUUUGGAAAAUUGCAGAUUUAAUAAAUGGAAACUUUCUACAUAAUUCUUUGCUAUGUUGCUUCCCCAGCCUGCUCUUUACUCUCUAGUUAGCUGUUCAAAACAAACUGAUCAUGUUGACUCUCUGACUAAUUUAAGUCAAGUAAAUACUACAUACUUCUAUAGCACCAGAAAAUAUGGCUCUAUUAAUAACUGUAUGUCAGUGCACAUGACUGCAUUAGAUGAAAGGGCCACCUAGUGUUGGGUCUUUGAUUGCCUGUGGCAGAUGAAAUAAGAGUACGAGACUGCAGCAUGCAGCAAUUCUGUAACACUGAGAUGAGGCAAAAAACUUAAAAAUAGACUGAAUUGAGUAUUUUUAGGGUUUAUGAUGUCCUGGGACAAGGAAUUCCAAAGCUUAAGAAAUGUAUUGCAUGUUAUUUCAAUAGCAUCACCACCCAGUUUGCUGUAGGAUGGUAGUGAUUAGCUACUUCAUUGCUUUUGUCAACACUUCUGUUAUUUCAGACGUGAAUUACUGCUGUAAGAUGCACAAACACUUUAAUGUUUUUUUGCUUCAGUUUUUAAACCAUUUAACAUAGUGCAUAGGGGUAUGAAUUUGAAGGGUAACUGGUUUUCAAUUCAAAGGAAUGGGGCUGGCUUUAUUUUGUGGAUCAUUUUUCAAAGGUUUAUGAGCCACAAGGUGAACAUUACCUGUUGAGUUGAAGGUCCUCAUUGCUGCAGUGGUAGCAAUCAGGAACUAUUUAAUAGAGCUUCCUGGGGGGAAGCUAGAGGUAGAUGAUAACUCUGUUCCCUUUUACUUGGCUGCUUGCAAAGAUUAUUCUGAGAGUGUAGCAUAUUUUUUGUUAUGUUGCACAACACAUGACUUGAACAUUACUUUUCGUAUACAAAAUAGAUAUCUAACAGCCCAGAAGAAGUCUCUGGUGUCAACCAUUUGUACAGAAAUCAGUAACUACCUUAUUAUGAGACUGCUUUCACUUUUUUAACACACUGACUCCUCUAGGCUGUAAAAUACUAUUACUAUAUACUAUUACUAGAAAUCUAUUCAAGUUUAUGUGUAUAUUUUUAUAACUUAUGCACUAGGGCUACAGAAAACUAACCUGGUCCCUGAGGAAUGGCACUGAUAAAAAAUGGGAUGCUUAUCUGCAGUUAAGCUUGAGAUAACUAAAUGACAUUAUACAAUGUUAAGAGAAACUGUAUUUUGAAAGGGUUUAAUCACUAGAGGCCUCUCUUCAGCAUCAGUUUCUCUCUAUGCAAAGUUAAGAAAUUUAGACUGAGCCCAGUGUGCUUUUUCCUUUCUAGAAAUGCAAAGGAAAAUUAACCCAGUCACAUGUGCAGAGUUCUGCUUUGCUUUCUUUUCCCUUCUUUUUGAUUAGAGCACACUUGGAUCAGCUGGACUCAAGAAUUUCAAUACUGAUUAAAAAAUACUAGUUGUUCUGCAGGUACCAAUAACAUUUGACAGACUGCGUAACUCAGAGUGGCGAAACAGGGGAGCCACUUCAAAAAGAACUCUUGA